GACAUGUUUCCGCAGGAAGUCUUCACUGAGAUGGAGGAGAAGUACGGGGAGGUGGAGGAGAUGAACGUCUGUGAUAAUUUAGGGGACCAUCUGGUGGGGAACGUCUACGUCAAGUUCAGACGGGAGGAAGACGCCGAGAAGGCCGUGAAGGAUUUGAACAAUCGUUGGUUUAACGGUCAGCCCAUUCACGCCGAACUUUCCCCGGUCACCGACUUUCGGGAGGCGUGCUGCCGCCAGUAUGAGAUGGGGGAAUGCACACGUGGCGGCUUCUGCAACUUCAUGCAUCUGAAACCCAUCUCACGGGAACUGCGCCGGGAGCUCUACGGCCGCCGGAGGAAGAAGUAAGUG